AUGAUAAUUAGUCUCCAUCGCUACCUGACUGAUGCUUUACACGUCGAUAUCUGGUGGUUUAUUGGCAGUCGAUUGGAUCAGGCCCCUGCUAAGUUACCUCGCCUUAGUUCACCGAUUCGUGGCUCGAGCACUGUUCCUUGGAGAUACCACUUUAACACUGUCACUUUUUCCUAUACAACGGCAUUUUGGUCAUGGGAAGAAUGGGAGACCCAGCUCGACUGGAUGGCCCUUCGCGGGAUCAAUCUCCCCCUUGCAUGGGUCGGCGCCGAGAAGAUUAUGGUAGAGGUGUUCGAGGAAAUUGGCCUAACCGAGGCUGAGAUCGCUACAUUCUUAAGUGGACCAGCUUUCCAAGCAUGGAACCGAUUUGGAAAUAUUCAAGGCUCAUGGGGUGGUGAUCUACCGCGAUCAUGGAUCGAGCAGCAAUUCGCGCUUCAGAAACAGAUUGUGCGUCGCAUGGUCGAACUCGGCAUGACACCUGUGCUUCCUGCUUUUACAGGCUUUGUCCCUGAAAACAUCACUCGCGUGUACCCGGAUGCGAGUAUCGUGCGGUCGGAUGAUUGGGGUGAAUUUCCAAUCCUCUACUCCAACGACACCUUCCUUGAACCAUUUGAUGACCACUUUGCUGAGAUGCAGAGCAGCUUUCUGCGUAAACAGCAGGAUGCUUAUGGGAACAUCACACACGUUUAUACCUUGGAUCAAUACAACGAAAUGAAUCCUUCUUCGGGUGAUCUGAAUUAUCUGCGCAAUGUGACCAGCACUACAUGGCAGAGUUUGAAGAAUGUAGACCCGGAAGCUAUCUGGAUGAUGCAGGGUUGGCUGUUCUACAGUGCGUCUGACUUUUGGACCGAUGAGCGGGUGGAGGCUUAUCUCUCUGGUGUCGAGGAUAACGACGACAUGUUGAUCUUGGAUCUAUUCUCAGAGUCUGAGCCUCAGUGGCGUCGGACUGACUCUUACUAUGGAAAGCCGUGGAUUUGGUGUCAGUUGCAUGACUACGGAGGUAACAUGGGAUUCUACGGCCAGAUAUCAAACAUCACGCAGAACUCUUCACAGGCCCGAACUGAAUCCUCCAAUAUGGUUGGCUUCGGGCUGAGCCCCGAGGGGCAAGAAGGCAAUGAGAUUGUUUAUGACUUGCUUCUUGAUCAGGCAUGGUCGAAAAGCCCAAUCAAUACCAAGGAAUAUUUUCGAAAAUGGGUGACAAGUCGGUAUGCUGGCUCUGGAUCCGUCCCUCAAGGGCUUUACGAUGCCUGGGAAGCUAUGCGAACAACUGUCUAUGAUAACACUGACCUAACGGAGAUCACCGCUGUGAUCAAGUCCAUCUUUGAGCUCGAACCUGACGUUGACGGUCUUGUCAAUGUGACUGGUAGCCAUGGCACUGAAUUGACAUACAACCCAUCAGUUGUUAUUAAAGCGUGGCAGUCUGUGUACGAGGCCGGUACUUCGAACUCCAAAUUGUGGGAGAAUCCAGCAUACCAACACGAUAUGGUGGAUAUUACACGCCAGGUCAUGGCGAAUGGUUUCAUUCCGCUAUACGAGAACUUGAUCACUACAUGGAAUAGUUCCAAUCCUAAGAAUUCUACCCUUUCGCAAGAAGGACAGACGAUCAUCGAGCUUCUAACAGACCUGGACUCGGUUCUUUUGACAAAUGAAAACUUUCGCUUCUCAACCUGGAUUGACUCUGCUCUAUCCUGGGCUCAAGGCAACGGAAGCCAAGCAGCUUAUCUGGAAUAUAAUGCACGAAAUCAAAUCACACUUUGGGGUCCCCGCGGCGAGAUUACAGACUACGCUUCCAAGCAGUGGGGUGGUCUUUUGUCGUCAUAUUAUGUUCCACGGUGGAAAAUGUUCAUUGAAUAUCUAAAAUCGACACCUGCUUCGGCCUAUAACGGUAUUACGCUGCAGGAUAGACUGUUGAGUUUCGAACUUGGUUGGCAGACAGAGAGAUGGUCGGAUUCAGAGCCUGAUGGUGAUGCUGCGGAUCUUAAGAAAGUGAUCACUCGUGUUCAGCAGCGUUGGGCAUCUUUAUUUCAGACUGCAUGA